AUGCGAUUGAGACAUGUGAAUCUCGAGGCACACCUGCACACCAAUGAAAAAUACGAGACCUAUUUCAAACGUCGAAUCGCCAACAUCGUCUCAUCUUACUGUGAACAUCAGGCUAACGAGUGCCCUGGAGCUACGCUACGUAUCACACAGACGUCAUCCGACGCAUCACAGUCAGACGACAAAGACGACGACAAAUCCGUGCUAUAUGCAGCUGAUGAUGAAUCAGAACCGCUUCUCACUCAGAACAACGUCGUACUGUUACGUGUGGAACGUGAACCAAUUAAUGUUACUCGUAUUCUUUUCGCUAUCACGAAAUCCGAAAAUGUCGGCUCACUCAACGAACAAAUGAUUAUUGAUCCGGUUAAGGUGAAAUACAUCCUCGGGAGUCAAGCUGGUCCAUUAGCGCGAAUACUCGGGGGAAUCAAACUUGACAGCGUCCGAGUUUCUCGAAUACGACGACAUCUGAAGGCCUCAGACACCGAUAACACACGGCUAAUCACUAUCAUCUCCAUCGUCGGCGCUUUCUUCGCCAUCUGCUACAUCAUCGGCGCUAUACGACUUUGCAGGUACGUAAUUUCUUAUUUUGAAUCCAAUUCAGGAGCAAAGUCAUUU